UUAAUGGAGCCGCGUUUUCUGUUGGCGUAGUUAAGGCCUUUCUCAUUUAUGAGCCUCGUGCUGAUGAGCCUUCAAUAGCUGUUUGCUCUCUCUGUUUUUCGUGAGGGUGCAUCUUCAAGCCUGCAACUUCAACGCGAAUUCACUCGCCAUGGAAGAAGUGGAACUUGCCUCCCAUUUGCAAUCAGAACAAAACCAACAGUCCAAAGCAAGUAAACCAGAGGGUGUUUCCUUCUUUGGCUUGUUCGCUGCUGCUGAUACAAUUGACUGUGUCUUGAUGUUCUUGGGAAGUCUUGGUGCGUUCGUUCAUGGCUCCGCUCUUCCUGUAUUCUUCAUCUUGUUCGGUCGUAUGAUUGAUUCUUUAGGACAUCUUUCUAAGCAUCCUCAUAAGUUGUCGUCACGCAUUUCUGAGAAUGCUUUGUACUUGGUCUAUCUUGGAAUGGUUGUUCUGGCAUCAGCUUGGAUGGGGGUUGCAUUUUGGAUGCAAACAGGGGAGAGGCAAACAGCUCGUUUGCGUUUUAAGUAUCUACAAUCAGUUCUAAAAAAGGAUAUCAAUUUCUUUGACAAUGAAGCAAGAGAUGCUAAUAUCAUUUUCCACAUUUCAAGUGAUGCAAUAUUGGUACAAGAUGCAAUCGGUGACAAGACAGGUCAUGCUAUACGUUACCUUUCACAAUUCGUUGUUGGAUUUGCCAUUGGAUUUGCGUCAGUGUGGCAGCUUACACUGCUCACUUUGGCUGUAGUUCCAUUAAUAGCAGUAGCCGGGGGAGCUUAUACUAUAACCAUGUCAACUUUGUCAGAAAAAGGUGAAGCAGCUUAUGCUGAAGCAGGAAAAGUGGCAGAAGAGGUAAUUUCUCAAGUUCGUACAGUGUACUCUUUCGUGGGAGAAGAUAAAGCAGUCGCCUCAUACUCGAAAUCACUUGACAAUGGUCUGAAGCUGGGGAAGAAGAGUGGCCUUGCAAAAGGAGUUGGGGUAGGCUUAACAUACGGACUGUUGUUUUGUGCUUGGGCAUUGCUUCUUUGGUAUGCAGGCAUACUCGUGAGACACCAUAAAACAAAUGGAGGGAAAGCAUUCACAACUAUCAUUAAUGUCAUCUUUAGUGGAUUUGCUCUCGGCCAGGCUGCUCCUAACCUUGCAGCCAUUGCUAAAGGGCGAGCAGCAGCAGCCAACAUCAUGAAUAUGAUUGCAUCAGUUUCAAACACAUCUACAAGUUUGGACAAGGGGAUUGUUUUGCCACAUGUGGCAGGGAAAAUGGAAUUUCGUGAGGUCUGCUUUUCUUACCCAUCAAGAUCAAACUUGGUCUUUGAAAAUUUGACCUUCACAGUAACUUCUGGGAAGACUAUCGCAGUUGUUGGUCCUAGUGGUUCAGGAAAGAGCACUAUCAUUUGUAUGAUUCAAAGAUUUUAUGAUCCCACCUCAGGUAGGAUACUAUUGGAUGGGCACGAUCUUAAGAGUCUUCAGUUGAAAUGGUUGAGGGAACAAAUGGGUUUGGUUAGUCAAGAACCAGCGCUAUUUGCCACAACAAUAUCUGAAAAUAUUUUACUUGGAAACGAGUAUGCAAACAUGGAUCAAAUCAUACAAGCAGCGAAAGCUGCAAAUGCCCAUUCUUUCAUUGAAGGCUUACCUGAUGGUUAUUUGACUCCGGUUGGAGAGGGGGGCACGCAACUUUCAGGGGGGCAGAAACAGAGAAUUGCAAUAGCAAGAGCGAUGCUCAGAAACCCAAAGGUGUUACUUCUGGAUGAGGCCACUAGUGCUCUUGAUGCAGAAUCAGAAUUGAUAGUUCAACAGGCUCUGGAAAAAUUAAUGUCAAAUCGAACUACAAUUAUUGUUGCCCACAGAUUAUCCACCAUUCGUGACGUUGAUACAAUCUUGGUGUUGAAGAACGGUCAGGUUGUAGAAAGCGGGACUCAUUCACAAUUGAUGUCAAAAAAAGGAGACUACAUGCAUUUAGUGAACUUGCAAGCCUCAGACAACCCCAUGACAAGUUCAAGUGCAAUAUCUCGAUCUGGAAGUUCAAGACAUUCAAGUUUUCGAGAAGUUUCAGACAACCAAAAAUAUCCAGAUGAGUUGAAGUCCAUUUCAACAAGAGAGCCUCAACCUGGUGACCAAAAGUCCAUUCCAUCAAUCUUGGACCUGCUAAAACUAAAUGCUCCUGAAUGGCCUUAUGCAAUACUUGGAUCAGUGGGUGCAAUUAUGGCAGGCAUGGAAGCUCCUCUCUUUGCUCUUGGUAUUACUCAUAUUUUGACUGCGUUCUACUCCCCACAUGGUUCUAAAAUCAAGCAAGAGGUUGAUCGGGUGGCUCUGAUAUUCGUUGGAGUUGCUGCUGUGACUAUACCUAUUUACCUGUUACAACAUUACUUUUUUACAUUGAUGGGAGAGCGUCUCACAGCCCGUGUACGGUUAUUAAUGUUUUCAGCUAUCCUAACCAAUGAAAUAGCAUGGUUCGACUUGGACGAGAACAACACGGGAUCAUUAACAGCUAUGCUAGCCGCAGAUGCAACAUUAGUAAGAAGUGCUUUGGCUGACAGACUCUCUACCAUUGUACAAAAUGUAGCUCUCACUGUGACAGCAUUUGUUAUUGCCUUCACAUUGAGUUGGAGACUAACAGCUGUGGUUGUAUCUUGCCUGCCUCUUCUUAUUGGGGCGUCUAUCACUGAACAACUAUUUCUCAAGGGGUUCGGGGGAGAUUACAGUGCUUCCUACUCUAGAGCAACUUCUUUGGCACGUGAAGCUAUCUCCAAUAUACGAACUGUUGCUGCUUUUGGUGCAGAAGAUCGAAUCUCAUUCCAAUUUUCCUCUGAAUUGAACAAACCUAACAGGCAAGCACUUUUGCGAGGCCACAUCUCAGGCUUUGGUUAUGGUGUGACGCAAUUGUUUGCUUUUUGCUCUUAUGCACUUGGCCUCUGGUAUGCAUCCAUCUUGAUCAAGCAUAAAGAGUCUAACUUUGGAGACAUUAUGAAGUCUUUUAUGGUUUUGAUCAUCACGGCUCUGGCAAUAGCAGAAACACUAGCUCUUACCCCGGACAUUGUCAAAGGAUCACAAGUUCUGGGGUCAGUUUUUGGAAUUCUCCGAAGGAGAACAUCCAUCCCUCCCAAUGAACCUAACUCAAAGGUGAUGACUGAUAUGAAAGGAGAGAUAGAGCUUAAAAAUGUACACUUUAGCUAUCCAAUGAGACCUAACAUCACCAUUUUUGAAAACUUAAACCUAAAAAUCAGAGCAGGAAAGAGUCUUGCGGUAGUUGGGCAGAGUGGCUCUGGGAAGAGUACUGUGAUCUCUCUGGUCAUGAGAUUUUACGACCCAACUUAUGGAAAGGUCUUAAUUGAUGGAUGUGAUAUCAAAAGCCUCAACUUGAGAUCCAUAAGGCUGAGAAUAGGUCUAGUUCAACAAGAACCUGCUUUAUUCUCCUCCACGGUAUAUGAAAACAUCAAGUAUGGAAAAGAAGAGGCCUCAGAAGUUGAAAUAAUGAAGGCCGCGAAAGCAGCAAAUGCUCAUGAGUUCAUCGUCAGAAUGCCAAAAGGGUAUCAAACAGAGGUAGGUGAGAGAGGAGUGCAAUUAUCAGGAGGCCAGAAACAGAGGGUGGCAAUUGCUCGAGCUAUUCUAAAAGACCCAUCUAUUCUCUUAUUAGAUGAAGCAACAAGUGCAUUAGACACAGUUUCAGAGAGAUUCGUCCAAGAGGCUCUAGAGAAGCUUAUGGAAGGACGAACAACCAUCUUGGUAGCACACAGGUUAUCAACAGUCCGAAAUGCACACAACAUUGCUGUGUUACAAAAUGGCAAAGUGGCUGAAAUGGGCAGCCAUGAGAGUCUGAUUGCUCAACCUGAAAGCAUUUAUAAGCAGUUGGUCCGUCUUCAACAAGAUAAUAGUGACCAAGUACUGAAUUGAUCACGCAAAUAUAUUUAGUUAAUAAUUAAUAAGUUGAUGUAAAUUCCCAUCUUAUUGCAAUAAGAAAUUCGUAAGGAUAAAUGUCAGUAUAAUAUCUUUGCUUCUCAUUCCUGUCACAGAAAGUUGCUUUUACAGAAAACGUAUGCGGAGAACAUUUUGAACGAGUACUUGUCGUUUGUUUUACUAUGCUAUCUGAAUUUUGUAACA